AUGGAUCCAGAUUCCGACGGAGGCCCGACCCCCGCCGAGCAAAAAUCAAAGAAAAGGAAAUUGCCCGAUACUCGCAAAGGAAAUGCCGUCGACUACAAAAUUUUCACAAAAACAAAUUACACGCGACAAUUCCCAGAAAACCACAGCGUAGACUGCGUAGUCUACGUUGAAUCACAAGAAAACGAAAAAAUUGGUAACAAAAAUCCAAUAACACUUACAAAGUUAUUUACGGAAAAUGUAAAAGGAAUCGCUGGCGUCCACAGAGUGAACGCAUAUAAAGUGGGCAUAAUGUUCAGAAAACCUGCACCGGCCAAUAACUUCCUUACCAUGACACACUUUCUGGGAAAACACAAAUUAAAAGCGUUUGUGCCUGCGCACCUCACUGAAAUUACUCGUCAUAAGAUACGUACCUAA